AUGGAGAAUGUAAACAAUGUGUCUGAAUUCAUCCUCUUGGGACUUACUCAGAAUCGGGACCUACAAAAAGCCUGUUUUGGGCUAUUUUUGGUCUUCUACUCAGCAAUUGUGCUGGGGAAUCUGCUUAUCAUUGCCACAGUCAAAAGCAGCCCGCAUCUGAAUUCUCCCAUGUAUUUCUUCCUUGGUUAUCUUUCCUUUGUAGACAUCUGCUACUCCUCUAUCACUGCUCCAAAACUGAUUGGUGACUUCCUUGUGGAGAAGAAGACCAUCUCCUUUAUUGGCUGCAUAGCACAGUUGUUUGGGAUCCAUUUUUUUGGUUGCACUGAGAUCUUUCUUCUCACUGUGAUGGCAUAUGACCGAUACAUUGCAAUCUGCAAACCUCUCCAUUAUACCACAAUUAUGAACAAGACUGUGUGCAGUUGGAUGGUAGUGGCUUCCUGGCUAGGAGGGUUUGUACAUUCAAUAGUACAGACUCUUCUUACAACACAUCUCCCUUUCUGUGGGCCCAAUGAGAUAGAUCACUAUUUCUGUGAUGUCCACCCUUUAUUGAAACUGGCCUGCAUUGACACCUACAUUAUAGGACUCAUUGUCAUUGCCAAUAGCGGCAUGAUUUCUCUGAGCUGCUUUCUUGUGUUGACUGUUUCAUACAUGGUCAUCCUCGUCUCACUAAGAACUCAUUCCUCUGAAGGACGCCUCAAAGCCCUCUCCACCUGUGCUUCCCACAUCACGGUAGUCAUCUUAUUUUUUGGACCAUGCAUCUUCAUGUACCUGAGGCCUUCCACCACAUUCUCAGAGGACAAGAGUGUGGCUGUGUUCUAUACCAUUAUCACCCCUAUGCUGAACCCUUUAAUUUACACAUUGAGAAAUCAAGAAGUGAAAAAUGCAAUGAGGAGAUUGUGGAGCAAAAAGGGAUUCUAA